UGAGACAGUUAUGUGUAUGCAGACACAUGAAACCAAAUUAUCAUCAUGAUUAAAGUUAUUUGGAACAUUAUUAAGUUUAUUUUUGGCACAGUGUUCAAGAUCUUUUCCCCAGUAAAAAAGUUGAUAUGUCGUCGACGGAAACACUCUGAAUCAGACAUCUCGGUACCACUGAAUGACCACUUCUCCACAUCAAUCGACAUGACUGUCACCCAGUCUGUGCCCGGUAGUGAGGUUGAAAUGCAGUCGUGGGACAGCUGGGGCAUGGAUGAACAGUCUCGCCAGAAGCAGAUACAGAACGCCCACAGCCAGCACUAUGCACAGCGUCAAGCCAAGGAGGAGGAGGAGGAGGAACCGGAUAUCGACUUCUUCGGGGACAUGCAACCAGAAUUUAGAAAGGCUGCAAAGAUAAAACUGAAGAGAAAACAGGAAGAUGAAAUCAACAAGGCAGCUAUAACAAGUAGACUAGCUGUUAAUUCAGAAGUUCCAUUGGUGGGAUCUGAGUUGGGCUCAUGGGAAGACUCGGGCAAUGCGUGGUCGGACGAAACAGCGGAAGACUUGUCUUGGGAAGCCGAAGCAGCCAUGAAGGAUAAGCGCCGUCUGGAGCGGCUAGAGAGAAGUCAGGAGCAGCAGAGGAAGAAACACGAGCGAGAAAUGAAAACAAAUAAAAAAGACUCUCAUUUAGUCGCGGUCAGACUGUCUUGACACAUGCACUCUCUUCAGAGGUCUUGUUUUAUUGGUACUGAUCAUACAUUUAAUGUUCCAGAGUAUACAAUAGCUAUUAUAAAACAUAGGCAUCACUGCUAUACAAUAGCUAUUAUAAAGUUGGGUUGUUCCAGAGUAUACAAUAGCUAUUAUAAAACAUGGGCGUCACUGCUAUACAAUAGCUAUUAUAAAGUUGGGUUGUUCCAGAGUAUACAAUAGCUAUUAUAAAACAUGGGCGUCACUGCUAUACAAUAGCCAUUAUAAAGUUGGGUUGUUCCAGAGUAUACAAUAACUAUUAUAAAACAUGGGCGUCACUGCUAUACAAUAGCUAUUAUGAAACCUGAUUAUCUCUGAUGUACAAUUGCUGUUAUAAAAAGUGAGCAUCACUUGUGAACAAUAGCUAUUAUAAAACUUGGUUGUCACUGGUAUACAAUAGCUAUUAUAAAGCUUGAAUGUCAGUGUAUACAAUAGCUAUAUUAUAAAACUUGGGUGUCACAAGGUGUAUAAUAGCUAUUAUAUUACUUGUUUGGCACCGGAUAUACACUAAUUGUUAUAAAACUUGGGUGUCACAUUACACAAUAGCUAUUAUAAAUCUUGGGUGUAGCUGGGUAUAUAAUAGCUGUUAUAUAACAUGGGUGUCACUGCUAUACAACAGCUAUUAUAAAAUGUGGUUGUCACUGGGUAUACAAUAGUUACAAAACUUGGACAUCACUUCGCAUAUUUUAGCUGUUAUAAAUUAUGGAUAUCACUGGGGAUACAAUAGCUGUUAUAAAUUAUGGACAUCACUGGGGAUAUAAUAGCUGUUAUAAAGUAUGGAUAUCACUGGAUAUACAGUAGUUAUAAAACUUGGACAUCACUUGG